AACAGUUUGCUCAGGGUUCAAAUGUUAAAACCACCUCUUAUUAUAUCACCUUUUGUUUUACUGCUCUUAAUUUUGAAUUUUAUGCUAUGAUAAACUAUGGUAAGACUUUUUUAUCCCUCUUUUCUUGUCAGCACUGCUCGUUGUUUCAGCCCAAUACUUUAAGGUGUAAGUAGUCAGAUACAUUUUUUAGUCGUAGGGACAUAUUGCAGUGUUUACAGCCAUCUUUAUAAAUACCUCAUCACUAUGCUUCAAUGUCGUGUUGGGCAUUGUGCCUCCUUUAGAUAAUUCAUAUGCUCAAUUUACUGCAAUUAAAAGACCACUCUCCCCCUUGCUGGGCAGUUUUCCUCAUUGCUGAAGAUUAAAAUUGGCCCACAGCGCUGUUAGCAUUUAAAACAAGAGGAACCACCAGGACCGUCUCACACUCUUGGGGACAAGAGACAUGCCAAAUAUCUCUCUUAAAAUCCCACCUCUCUCACUCUCACUCACUAUUAACAUUUGCACACUCACCCAGCCCCAGCCUCUUUUCACCUCUCUUGGUCUCCACACAUGCUUUAACCUCAAAACACAACACAAGCAGAAACAAAAAGCUGCGGCUCCCCAUAGACUCUACCUAGCAUGUGACUUCCCCCCGCUGUUUGCCGACGUGGUAUCUGCCGAGAACGAGCAGUCACCUCCCCUCCCUAAGUCAGAUUUGUCACCACUCCAAGGAAAUACACUGUACCUUCGAGUCGAGUAAAGAAACUGUAGUUACACUCUUCCAGCUGGACGCCCACAGAUAACAUUUAGAGAAAAAAAGGGCCAGGUUGUCUUCACUGGAGGAGGUUGGCGUAGAAGUUUAGACUGACAAGCCAUAACGAGAAUACUUCUGAAUCCCUGGGAGAUCCUUUGAAUCCUCCUCCCUCCUCCUUCCAAUGUUUCAGUGGUUGGGGCCAUGGCCUCUCAGUCAGGCAACAUGAACCGUGAGGACCGGAAUGUGCUCCGAAUGAAAGAAAGAGAAAGGAGAAAUCAAGAAAUCCAGCAGGGAGGAGGAGAGGCCUUUCCAGCAAAUUCACCUCUCUUCCCUGAACCCUACAAAGUGUCCAGCAAGGAAGAUAAACUGUCAAGCCGUAUUCAGAGCAUGCUGGGCAAUUACGACGAGAUGAAAGAACCGAUUGGUGACACAAUUCCAAAGCUUGGCGGUAAACCUUCGAACAGCUCGUCUUCCUCUGAGGAAAAAUCGGGCCCACCAUUGUUUGGUGGGGACCAGCGCGGCGUCGGUAGCAGUGGCAGCAGCCAGAGCAGCAAGUGGACUCCUGUUGGCCCUGCGGCAGGUGGAUCUUCAUCCCAGUCCCAGAAACGCUCAGGACUUGGGGGCGGGCACAGCAGCCAGAGGGGUAGCGGCAGUAGCGGCAGCAGCAGCAGUAGCCAAAGACACGGAGGGGAGGUGCGGGAAAAGAAGUCAAGUAAACACAGCGGAGGGUCAGAGCACUCAAAGUCACACACGUCAAGUCCGGUCAAGGGCUCUCUGAGUUCCUCCAGCAGCAACAGCCACUUGCGGAGCUCCUUGUCGGCUGAGCAGCAUCACAGCAAGGAGCGCUACCGCUCCAAGUCUCCACGAGACAGAGAGGCCAACUGGGACUCUCCCUCACGGGUUCACACAUCCUUCCCCACUGGACAGCACUCGAGUCAAGCCUUUCCCCCGUCUCUCAUGUCCAAACCCGGCUCCAUGCUGCAAAAGCCCACAGCGUAUGUGCGGCCUAUGGACGGCCAGGAAACGGCAGAACCCAAGAGUUCACAAGCAGAAAGCUACAGUGGCCAGUCGCACAGCAGCACCAUGGGAGAGAUGAAGUCCAACAGCAAGGCCUCGCUGUCCAAACUCAAGAUCCCCUCAGCGCCUGUAGAGGGAUCAGGUGACGCCAACUGUGUCGAUGAGAUUCUGAAGGAAAUGACUCAGUCGUGGCCCCCUCCGCUGACAGCCAUCCACACCCCCUGCAAAACAGAGCCCUCCAAGUUUCCAUUCCCCACCAAGGACUCUCAUCCUUUUCCAAGUGGGCACAAGCGAGGUAGUUCUUCCAAGAGCUCCAGCAGCCACCAGUCCAAAGCUUGUGAUGACCAGCCCACUAUGCUGGAAGAUGACCUGAAGCUUAGCAGCAGUGAGGACAGUGAUGGAGAACAAGGCUCCACCAAGAACGCCUCAAGGAACACAUCAGCAAGCAAUAAUAGUGAAGGAGCGGACCAAUCAAGGGAUGACUCAAGCAGCCACAGCGGCUCAGAGAGCAGCUCUGGUUCCGACAGCGAGAGUGAAAGCAGCACGACAGAUAGCGAAGCCAAUGAGCACCCGCGGCCUGCCUCUCCUGAGCCUGAACAACCCAUGGCCAACAAGUGGCAGCUGGACAACUGGUUCAAGAAGGCCAAGCAGUUCUCCCCAGCCUCUCCAGUGGACAAUAAUGUUCCAACCAAGUGCAAGAAAGAGGGCAGAGAUAACAGCUCAGGACGGGGCCAUAGUAGCCAGGCAGGGGUUUCAAAAGACUCAUCAGCACCCACCCCAAGCAGAGACCUACGGGCAGCACAAAAGGGUGCAGAGGGUGGCCGCGGUCGGCAAAAAUCACCCGCCCAGAGUGAGGGUAGCACGAAUCAGCGAAGGAGCGUGGGUAAAAAACAGCCCAAAAAGUCUGAGAAGCCCCUGGUGGUGGAGGAACCAAAGGGAGGCCUGAGAGUGGAGAGCGAGCCGGCUCCAGAGAUACCUCCUCACCGACCCAAAGCUGCUACUAAGGGUUCCCGCAAACCAAGCAUCAAAAAAGAACCUAAAUCAUCUCCGAGGCCCACCGCACCUGCUGUCACCACCACUGCAGAUAAACGCAAGGCCAAGGCACCCACCAAGACUUCCCAGAAGUCUCGGGAGUUUGUCGACACAGACUCUUCAUCGUCAGACUCUGAGGGGAAUGAAAGUAUCCCAUCCUCAUCGCAAACACCCAAAUACACGGAGAAUAUCAGGACCCCUGUGUGUGUGUUUUCUCCAAUGGAAGAGAAAGAGCUGUUGUCUCCACUCAGUGACCCUGAGGAGCGUUACCCUGCAAGACAACCUCAGCAGCAGGUUCUGCUAGUGAAGAUAGAUCUCAGCUUGCUGUCUAGGAUCCCAGGGCGGCCCUACAAGGAGCCCACAGAGAUCAAAGUUGAGAGGGACGAUUCUCUAGACAGGGACAGCAAAGACUUCAGCAAACAGAGCUCAGAGAAGAGCUCGAGUAAGGCCAAGAGGAAGCACAAGAACGAUGAGGAAGGCACCAAGCCAGAGAACAAACGAUGCAAGCUAGAGGAGAAGUCCCUAUCUCAUCAUAAAAACAGCAGUAAAGAGUCUAAGAGGUCUUUGGAAAAGAAAGAGGAGCCUGUCCCCUCUCCUUCCAUGUCAGGUCUUCAGCGGACACCCAAGGCAGAGCAUCCAAGUCGAAAGAGGACAGUCAGCCAGUCCUCCACCUCUUUGUCCAGCGGGACAGGAAGUGGAAAGGAGGGAAGCCACAGCACCAAGGGCAGCUCCACCUCCAAACACCGAAAAGGAGAGGACAAGGGACGCAGCACACGCGAUGGGAAGGAGAAAUCCUCAAAGGGGUGCGAUAACCAGCUGGCUGUGCCUCCGCUCUCCACGGACGGCUCCAAGUCUCAGAGAUCCAAGCUGGUGUUUGAGGACAGGGUCCAUUCAGCAGAUCACUACUUACAAGAAGCCAAGAAACUUAAACACAAUGCAGAUGCACUGUUGGACCGUUUUGAGAAGGCAGUCUACUACCUGGACGCUGUGGUGUCUUUCAUCGAAUGUGGUAAUGCUUUGGAGAAGAGCGCCCAAGAGGCAAAGUCCCCCUUCCCCAUGUAUGCUGAAACAGUGGAGCUUAUAAAAUACACUAUGAAGUUAAAAAGCUACCUUGCCCCAGAUGCUACUUCAGCAGACAAGAGGCUAGCUGUGCUUUGUCUACGAUGCCAGUCUCUGCUCUACCUGCGGUUAUUCAAGCUGAGGAAAGACAGUGCACUAAAAUACUCCAAAACACUCACCGAACACUUAAAGAAUUCUCUGAGUAACACCCAGGCUCCCUCUCCUGGAAUGGGAAACAAAGCAGCAGGCAUGCCCUCUCCAGUGUCUCCCAAACUGUCACCUGGCACAGCCGGUGGCUACGCGACAGUCAGCAGCAGCAGCAGUGCCAGCUCGUCUGUGACCAUACCUCAGCGUAUCCACCAGAUGGCUGCCAGUUACGUCCAGGUCACCUCCAACUUUCUGUACGCCACUGAGGUCUGGGACCAGGCAGAACAACUAUCCAAGGAGCAGAAAGACUUCUUCUUGGAGUUGGACAAGGUGAUGGGUCCUCUGAUCUUUAACACCAGCAGCAUGACAGAACUGGUGCGUUACACACGGCAGGGCCUGCACUGGCUGCGUCUGGACGCAAAGGUUAUUCCCUAGCGAGGACUCGAUCCCUGUGCGCUGCUUCCACACACAUACACACCUCAGCCUCUUGUGUUUUGCAACAUGUGCUCAAAGACACAUGCAUGCCCUCACACACACACAUACAAUGAUGUACUGUAUGCACACAUACACAGCCAAGCUCUGGUCCUCCAUAUACACACACACUCACAUGAUGAACCUCUCAGACAUAUCUCCAACACUGUGUCCAUUUUCUACACCAGCUUGCCAAAAACACUGAGCAAUCUAGAGUAUCUCACCAUCGACAGCACCACACAGGGAGAAGCAUCAAAACUGCAGCACAGGAAAAAACAAGCUUAUCGCCAUGCUUCAUAUAUCGGCAUUCUUACAAUCUCUGAAGGCCAUGUUUUUAUCUAUUUGGCAUGGAAGCCCUGGGUGAAUUGCGAAUACGCUUAAAAAUGGGGUUUGGUUUUUAGGCUACUUUGGCUUUUAACUUUUUAUUUGACUUUGUUUCACCAAAGUACCUCCCAUAAACACCAAAGGUGCUUUAAAAUGAAGGUUUCUCUUAUCAUUUUUGUGCCUUGUAUGUGAGCAACAGGAAAACAAACAGCCACCUGUCAUAGCGGAUUAAAUUGUUUUUAUUUUCCUUCCUUUUAUGCAUUUUUAAACAUUUAGCAGUUAUAGAAGCUGGCAGCAUUUAUGAUUUUAUUGCGGUCUUUCACUUUUAAGUCCUGUUAACGCAUUAGCAAAGAUGGUGUCGGCCCCAAAUUAAGCAACAUAACACCAUCUUGAUUUAUCUUUCCUUGAAAGCGCUAAAGCUAAAUCUUGGAGCAUGGCCACAAGAUUUGAGGGCAGACUGAAGGGAGGGCUACUGUGGAAAGCAGAUAAAUAGCUGAGACAUACACAUAUUUAUUAAUGUUAUCUUUGUCAACCAUAAGUUUUUGCCAGUGUCAUUUUAUUUUCCAGAAUCAUGAACUACUUUAGGAAAGAAAAUUGAAUGUUGGUGAAUUUGUUGAAACCAUUUCGGUCCUGUUUGAUGCAAGGAGCAGCGAUGCCUCUAGAGGCAGCUAGCAGGCACUCUCAGACUCGUGGCCUUAAUAAAAUUGAUCAUGUUAAUGUUCUCUCUAAGAGAUUUGUUGUCUUUGAAGCUUCAGAAUACGAGUCUCUUCCUAUGAAAUGUUUUUACCCCUGUAGCUACAUUGUUUAUUGAGAAAUAUUCUGGAGGAAGAGUCACUUCCUGACAGUGUUAUUCUUUUGUUUAUCCCUGUUUGCUCAGAGUGUAUUUUUCUAAGGAACAGCAGGGAGUGUUUCAAGUAUUGAACAUCAUUUCCACAUAAUACAAUGCAGUUAUUUACAUUGCAGUUUAUAAAAAACACAGAGCCUGGGUGACUACUUAUUUGGCACAACAAAAGCAAAUUCAUCUGGAAAGAACGAUUUAGGGACGUGUUGCAGUCAGUGUUGCGUUUAUUGAACAAAGAGUUUUAAAUCUAUCAUUAUAUAUUUCAGAAUAGAAGGCCAAUAUAGAUUUUAUUUAUAUACCAAGCAGUUCUUUUGUUUCUUCCUCUGGCCAAGCAGAAGUAUAACUUUUCAAAUGCAUUCUUUUAAAACAGGGUUGAACCAAGGGUUAUAAGAUGCAAAGUAUUUGUAUAUGUAAUUUCUUUUCCUAUUUAAGUUUUAAUCAUACUUGUAUUACAAGACAGUAGAUGAGAAACAUGUCAGCUAGUUGUCAGGCAGGAUAAAAAUGAUAGAGUAACAGUGUAUGCCAGCUGUCCACAUAUGAACAUUUCUUUUAUUUAAAUUGACUGAUUGUCAUCGUGGAAAUCUGAAUGGUCAUGGUUUUUGAAUGAAGACGAUAACAUUACACUCAAGAUUUAAGGUGACAUUUGGGUGUUUGGUAAUCGUCAGUGACAUGAAGAAAUGUCUUCUUUUUGUCUUUUUUUAAGACCACUUUUUACUUAAAUGCUGGAAAAUUUAAAGCCUGGGUCAAAUAGUAUUUAUGGGAAAUUUUAUUGGUUUGUUUUUGGAGUUGAGUUUGGACAAGAGGAAGGUGCCAGACAUUUUCAGACGUGUGAUAGUUUGUAACCUUGUGGCAUUUUUCCUCCAUUUUCAUAUAUUACUUUGUGUGCAUCAGGAAUAAAGUUUUUUUCUUUUUAGGCUUUUCAGAGGUUCCCUUGCCAAAAGUCUGGCUUUUAUCAUUGGAUUAUUGCAGAAAAUACGCUCUGUGGCCAACAAAUGUUUACGACACUUGCAUGUUUUGUUCGGCAAGAUAAUCUUCACAAAUGAACACCAUGUUUAGGAUUUUUUUAAGCGUAAAUGAAAUCACCAGAAGUAAAAAGCUAAUGUGGGGAUAGAAGCAUAUUGCACCACCGUCUCAUGACUUAAACGUCACUUCAGCAACGAGGCUGUAAAGCUGUGUUCAGUGUUAUGGUGUUCUGCAGUCUCAUUUAGCCACUUGUUAGUAACCACCAUUUUUAAGGGGCAUAAUGGCUUCAUGAUUCAUGAGUUUGGUAUUUACGCUCAUAUUUUAUGUUGUAGAAAAAAACAUGAAAGUCUUUAUCUUGUGUUAACCACAGACCUUAUUUCAGGCAUCUAACCAAAAACCCACUUAAAACACCCAUUGACUUCGGUGCAAGAAUGAAUCCUGGACAUUAGUCCCGGUUCCCUCGUCUCACUCUAUUGAUAUUUCCCUUACACCUUUUUCAUCUCAAAACAACACUAUUCUUAAUCCCAAAUUUUACUUUUGACCCAGGUUUGACCCUUUUUGUUUUUUAUUGUUGCGUUUUUGUAUUUUCUUUCCUUCACUGGCUCCCUGGCCUUUACUGUAGGAGGGGAUACUGUUAUUUCCUCUGGCACUUGAAAAAGAGAAAGUCAGAGGAGGUAUUAUUUUAAUCUAUGCAGGAUUUUUACAAAAAAAAGGAUCUGUUUCUGUGGAAAACGUUAAUUUUUUGUCUUGGGAUUUUUUCCCCCCACUUCUUUUUUUUUCCGCCUCAGUGAGAAACCUGUUGAACUCAAGUGUCCAAUGCCUUUAGCUUUUGCAAUUUUUGUGUACCGGUUUAGUAUAUAUGUGUAUAUAGAUCUGUUUUUAUAACCAAACAGCGAUGGCUUGAGCCAUUUUGUACUUAAAGCUGGAGGCCACUUUUCUCAUAGGAAUUCCUCUGCGGGUUUUGCCAGCCCAGUCAAUGUCUUCAUACACUGGUACACUUUGUAAGUACAGGUCCGCGCCUUGUGUUCCCUACACUAUCUUGUAGUCAGAUGUACAAAGAUUUAGCAUUAGAGUAAUUUUUAACAGUUUGCUACUCACACUUAUUUAUUUUUCUGCCCCUUUGCUUAAUAUUUUUUUCUAUUUUUGCCAUUUUAAGGAAUACCAUUUUAUGAAAUAGAAAGAUGUAAAUGUAUUGGGGUUGUUCAUGAUGAGAUUUCCUUGUAAGUAGUAAUUAAUAUUAAUUCUAACUUGAAAGAAUCCAGGGUAAGAUGAGUUUUUUUGACAUUCAGUAGGAAGAUGUUAACACUUGCAUGUUUCUAUUUAAAUACAAUUGUAUAAAUUGUAAAUAUAACAUUUCUUUAAGGGUGAAUUUCUACUACAGGUUGACAUUUUUAUCGAAAUUUAAAAAUGCUGUAAAUACAUUUGUGAGAUACUUUAUGCACAUUUUUUUUCCUCCCUCUACGGGCUUUUGUGUUGUCCUUUUCUUGCAAGCUGUUAUAGAGUACAUCCCAGUCUCUUUAACACUGUGUAUCAGAUUGAUUUUCGAGUCUUUUUCUUACCGUGCUUUGUCUUCUGCUUCACUGUCUCUCAGUAUCAUGGUCGCCACAUAAUCAUUAAUGUCUCUAGAUCCAAGUGCGAAUAUUUUGUCUUCUCUGUAUUUGAUAUGGAGGCGUGUACUUUUCAUGAAAUGUAUAUUGUUGAUCUCAUGGGAUGGAUGUAUGUAUGGACGUAUGGAUGCUGUGUACAGUCUGUUGUGUAAAAUCACGUCUGUUUCCUCCUCACGAGAGAGAAAGAGAGAGAGAGAGAGAGAGAUGUAUUUACUGUGUCCCUUUUGAACAAUUGGUCCAACAUGUCUUUUGAAACAGAGGUAUUUCUCUACAGGUCAAAACAGUUGUAGCAGUUUAUACAGUAUGUUGUAUAACACCUUUUUUCUAAGUCGUCUCUAAAGUGAGACCAGCAGCAUACACUAUGUACAUUAGUCUAAAUUGGAUUAGUUUUAAGAGAACUGAUGAUAGAGAUACUAUAUAUGAUGGAUGCAAUAUGAUUAAAGGUACUCAUUGAGUUUGAUCUUCAAACUUAGGUUAUGUAAUUUAAAAGCAUUCUUGUGAAGUGAGUAUUAAUUGUGACUAAUGAGAGUCUGUCCUGAAUAUUCUUUGUAUUUUGCCGUAUUGAGAAUAAAAUAUAUAUGGAUAUGUUUAA